GGCCGCAACAUCAUCAACGCAGCUCAACCAGCCCUAGUUGUAGCAGCAGCAAGAAACAACGCAAGAGCAUUGAUUUGGAGGAGAAGCAGAAAAUAAUAAGACAGAGUGACGGCAGUAAAUCUGUGAAUUCUAUCGCACGUGAUUUCGGCAUGUCGCACUCUACGAUCACGGCGGUAAAAGGAUCAGCUUCACUGAAGGCAAGAAGAUUGACCAAGUAUCGAGAGGGGCCGAUAUCAAAUACGGAAAAGAUGCUGAUGACCUGGAUUGAAGACCAGACUCAAAAGCUAGUCCCACUCAGCACGCUAACCAUCACGGCCAAAGCAAAAAGUUUGUUCGAGAUGUUGAAGCAACAAGCAGGAGCCGACUACGACAGAGAGUUUUCCGCAAGCUCUGGCUGGUUUAAGCGCUUCAAACAUCGCUAUGGGCUUCAUAACGUCAAGAGGAUGCCCAAAAGGUCAUUCAUACACAAGGAGGCCAAGUCGAUGCCAGGCUUUAAGGCAUUCAAGGACCGAGUGACUGAUGUUGGGGGGAGGUUUAUCCAAGUUGAAACCUUUUGUGAUGUGGCAUAG